CGACGCUGCUUUUUCUUUGGAGCCGCCAUUAAAACCAUCCAUUAAUCAUUGUCCAGAAUCCUUCCUUCUGCGAUCUCUCUCCAAUGUCGCGCACGAAAAUGGAGAAGAAGCUUCGUACGGCGAAGAAGGCAUGGAAGAAACUAACCAACACAUUACGAUUCAAAUUCCACGCGCUCAAAAUCUCCAGAUCCAUCAAUAUAGUCACGCGCCGCCUCAACUCCGUCGUUCAACGCUCCCUCAGCCUUCUAUUUCCCUCCAAAUUUCGCCGCCGUCUUCUCCGCCGUAAGUCCUCUCCUUCUUCAUAUUACCGUCGCGAUCAGAAUCAGUAUGUCCAACAAUACGAUGAAUACGUUCAAAAUCCAAACAAUUUCGCGCCAAUCCACAUCGAUGAGCUCUUCGCGGAUCCGGCAGCGCCGAUUGCAGAGACGAGCAGAGGAAAAGAAGUAAUGGAAGAGGAGAAGGAGAAGGAGACGAGUGUUAACAGCAUUGAAGAUGCUUGGAAAAUCGUGGUGGCUUCGUCGCCGCAUCUACGGCCGGUGGAUGAACGAGCAGAGGAGUUCAUAAGGAAAUUCCGAGAAGAGAUUAUUCUUGAGAAGGAGAAAUCGCUUCUCGAAUUUCAACAGAUGUUGGCCCGCAGUGCUUGAUUAUUGUUGAAUUCGUUCAUACAUGUUCAUAAUUAUGAGUGCAUAUGGAUCUUGAUUUCGUUAUUGAAUUGGUGAUUUGUUGGAAAGUACUUUUUCAGAGUGUGGUUUGAAUGUAUCGUAGAAGAUGCUGGAGGGGAUACUAAUUUACUUUACUAUAAUGUGAUUGUGGUUUGAUGUUUGCUUUGUGAUAUUCCCCAAAUUUUCAUGGAGAAAUACUAAUCUAUAUCUUCGUUAC